AUAAUUACCAAUUAUUUCUGAUAGUAACACUGAUCUAAACAACCAGUAACUGAAAACAUGUUCAUCAUAGAACAGAUGCAUUUAAGUAAUUGGUUUAAUUUUUGACCAGUAAUUUUUUUUUUUUUUUUUUUUUUUUUUUGUGAAUUGCAUUUGUAAUGCUUUUUUUUAAUACAUAAAUAGAUCUGGGGGAAAAAAUUAGCAUUGCGCCAUUGACCAUCACAUGGUAGUGGGUUACCAUUUCAUUGGGGAACUAUUAAAUAUGACAAAUGAGUCAGCAGUAUAGAUAGAAUGGAUGAUACUAUAAUUUUUAUGACCAAGAGACACUCUAGUAAGAUUCAAGGAUUGCUUGCCUCUUUCACGCUCAUUUGUCUUUAUUGUCUUUAUGCCAGUGUAUUACUCUGACAUGCUGACAAUUUCUUCUGUCACACUGAAUUAUAUGAUCUUGGGUGUCUGCAAGGAAUCUUCCAACUACCAUAUUUAUGUUUAACUUACAACUGACUUGGUAACAGUGUUACCCAUCAGUGUAUGGUAAGUGCUCUUCGUUUGGCAUUGGUUGCUCUGUCAUAAAUUAUUAGACUGGUUUAACUGUUUACCAUUUUCUGUUGAUGAAACGAAGGUUGAAUUGAAUUUGAUACCUGUCAGCAUGCUGUACAGAUUUUAUACUUUUUCUUUUUAUGUUUGUGAUUUAGUGUUGGUUGAGCAAAUGCAACUUUGACUUAUUGUGGGCCCUCUGAUGUCCCUAACAUGGCACUUACUGAAGAUUUUUAUUUUUAGUAGAAGUGUGUCAUUUCUGUGCCACUAAAUAAUUGCUGUUUUCAAACAGAUUCCAGAAAACUGUCCCUGUCUUCCAUGGAUCUAGUCCCCAAACUCACACCACUGGUUGAGGCAAUAUUUCUGUUUUAGGCUGGACAACCAUUUAAACAAACAAAGCAUUGUUUUGAAAGCACCCCAGUGUUGCACUUUUAGGUGAAAUCAACCUGCAAAUGACACUUAUUUGACUGCAUUAAGGUGGAAUGCAAUAAAUUAUUUUAACAUUGAAAAAAAUUACACUAACUCACUCACUAACACAUUUUUAGACUCAAUCUAUGAAGACGUGUAAAAAGAUCCCCUCUCUGUUUUUUUUUGUGUCUCUGGCAUUGAGACUGCGCUUCAACAGAUGUCUUAACUUGUAAAGUGUAUGCGAGCAGACUGAGAUGAUAAGUGCUUCAUGUAGAGCUUACAGCUAAGUGUUUUGUGUCCUGCUGUAAUGCUCUGUGUGUGUUUGUAUUAUAGAAAGAAUGAGAGAAGUAGAGCAAGGAACCAAAAAAACAAAAUACUGUAACGGACACUUUGAUGUUCCAUUUCAGUGGGGAGGGGGUGUUUUUGGACGAGACCAUUUAGAACCAUUUUGUUUGCACUGUAUGCAUGCUUGUGAUAGAGUGCCAGGAAAUAACAUGAAGACAAGGUUGAUAGAGCAUCCUGUGGAGAGUGAAGUUAUGUGUAUAUGUGAUUCUGUGUGACAAAUGGGGAAGGCAGUUGCUUUUAGCAUCAUUUCAUAUUAAUCUAUCAGCCACUGCAAGCAAAAGCACUUAGAACAAAGUUUAUUUUGCCUCACCCUACUUGUUACAUGAUGCUAUAGUGAUGAGCAUGACUCCACUCCCUCCUUUGGGCAAGUUCUUUGAGUUUAUUCAUAAUACGGAGGCAAACAUGAUCAAGGAGCAGUGGUGUAAAGUAUUUGAGUAAAUGUACUUUGUUACUGUACUUAAGUAUUUUUUGGCUACUUUGUACUUGUACUGAGUAUCAAAAAUAUAAGCAACUUUUACUCUCUACUCGACUACAUUUUUGAUUGAAUAUAUGUACUCUUUACUCCACUACAUUUGAACUGACACUUACCGUUACUCGUUACAUUGUGAUUGUGCACGACAAGUCGGCAACUUUAUCUGCAGUGGCUUAUUUCUUGGGCGGAAGAGGCGAUAUCACCAUCUGCAGGGUAUUGAAGGUACUGGAUGCUAUUUGCCUAUAUGCGCUAAAUGAGGCUACUCCACGUGAACGUGAAUUAGCAGCUUGCCAAAUGCCAGGUGUUUCACAUAAAUUAGCGACAUGGCUACAGCCACUGAUGAAGCCGAAGCCAGCACAUCAUGCAGUGCCAGCACUGACGACCAUCCAUGGCCUUAUUUGAAAGAAAUGUUUUCAGUUGCCAGUGUACAGAAUGACUCUUACAGGAUGCAGUGUCUACUAUGUUUGCCACGUACCACGAAAAUAAGUGCUUUUAAGAAUUCAUCGUCAAAUUUGAGGAAACACAUUGAGAGAAAACAUCCUAAUCACUUGAAAAACUACUCAGACCUGACCUCGAUCGGUCAGAAGACAAAAAUAUGGAGCCCCUAACGAAACAACUCUAAAUGGGAGAGACCAAGAUCAUUUCUCAAGCAACCGUUGAUAAAGCUGUACUGCGAUUCAUUGUAUACAGUCUCCAACCUUUUAGCGUGGUUGAAAAAGAUGAAUUUAAGGGCCUGAUUCAUGACUUGCAGCCUAACUCUACUGUACGAUCAAGAUCAACCAUCUGUGCCAAGAUAGAGGAAGCUGCAGGAGGAAUGAAGAAAAGUGUAACAGAAGCCAUGAGUGGGGUGGAAUACAUCUGUACAACCACUGAUUGCUGGAGUUCAAGGCGGUGCAGCUUUAUAGGUAUGACAGCGCACUGGAUUGACCCAGACAAUCUACAACGAUGCUCUGCAGCACUUGCCUGUCGACAAUUAAAGUGACAUACACACUGAAUUUGAGAUCCAUGAAAAAGUUGUCUGUAUAACAACAGACAAUGGAUCAAAUUUUUUGAAAGCCUUUCGUGUCUAUGGAGGUGUGAACAUACACGGCAACAACACAGAAAGUGCAACAGCAACCCCAUCAGAAGAUGAGGAUGAAUCUGACACUCAAGAUGAGGAGAAAUGUGAGGAGAUUGAAUAUGUUGAGGUUGCUGAAAUUCUAGCCAAGGAUGAUCUUGAAUUUCAUUUGCCCAAGAAUCAACGUUGAGCUUGCCAUCUUCUGAAUCUGGUUUCCACCGUGGAUGUUGACACUGCUCAAUCGGAUGAAACAUACAAAAGGUUAUCAAGAUCAUCCUUCUCCAAAUGUUGGGCCUUGUGGAACAAGAGUGGCCGGUCCAACAAAGCUGCAGAGAUGAUGGAAGAGGAAUGUAGUAUGCAGUUAAUUCGUCCAAAUGCCACACGAUGGAACUCUUUGUUUCUUUCAGUGGAGAGGAUCCUGAAGAUCAUGAAGGAAAAGGGAGAUAGUGCUUUCCGGAAUCUCUGUGCGGAAUUCAAAAUCCCUAUGUUCACUCCUGCAGAAAAGGUUUUUCUUGGGGAAUAUGUCACAGCUAUGGCCCCUGUUGCCAAAGCGAUUAAUAUCUUGCAGGGAGAAACCAAUGUGCACAUGGGCUGGCUUGUACCAACACUCAAUGUCAUGGUUUCCAAACUAAAACGAGCCAAGAUAUCCAUGAAACUCUGCAAGAGCCUGGUAGAUGCAAUCCUUGCAGGUGUGAACAAGUGCUUCGGUGACAUGCUCAAUGAUCCUGAGCUGAUUGCGGCUGCAAUCCUGCUUCCAAAGUUUAAAACUUAUUGGACAACUGAUGCUGCCAUCCUCAAACUCGGCCUUGACUACAUAAAGGGAAAUAUGGAGGAGAACUGUCAGCUUACAAGUGAUUCCACUUUAUCAGAGGAAGAGUAUUUCUUCAAGCCAUUGAAGUCAUCCCAGGCACAACAAGGCCCAGCAGUGCUUGAUGGCUAUCUGACGUGUGCUGGUGACGACAUGGGUGUCCUGAAAACCUUCCCACCUCUAUUGAAGUUGUCAUUAAGGCUCAACACUCCCCUACCUGCAUCUGCUGCUUGCGAGCGACUUUUUAGCAGUGCUGGCCUCAUUUUCAGUCCAAAAAGAGCUAGAAUAAGUUCCAAGAACUUUGAGAACCAGCUUUUGUUGAAGUUGAAUAAAAAUAUUGCCCCCCUCUGAGACUGAGAGGUACAUCAAAGUCAGCUGUGAAUAUUUGAUUUUACUUUUUUUAUUUGAUUUGUCCAUUGUAUACUGAAAAGACCUUUUUGAAAAAUUUUUUUACUUAUGCCUUUUUUGAACACUUGAGUUUGACUGAGACUGACUUGUUUGAUCUGUGUUUUAUU